GAAAUACAUGUGAAAUGAAGAGAAAAAAAUUGAAGCUGAACUUUUUUGUCCAACAUAAUUCCAAUGGAACUGAGAUGCUAAUUCUUAGAGCUACAUCUAUAUUUUCAAGUACAUCAACUUUAAGUAGAAGAAAAUAUUGAGGAAAACAUAAAAAAAGUUUUGACAUACUUUUCCUUUUAAAUAGAUGAAGAACUUCCUGAUUACAUUAUGGUGAUGGUGGCCAACAAGAAAAGUCAGGACCAAAUGACAGAGGACCUUUCCCUGUUUCUAGGGAACAACACAAUUCGAUUCACCGUAUGGCUUCAUGGUGUAUUAGAUAAACUUCGCUCUGUGACAACUGAACCCUCUAGUCUAAAGUCUUCUGAUACGAACAUCUUUGAUAGCAACGUGCCUUCAAACAAGAGCAAUUUCAGUCGGGGAGAUGAGAGAAGGCAUGAAGCUGCAGUGCCACCCCUUCCCAUUUCUAACACUAGACCUGAAAAAAGAAAUUCCAGAGUUUCUACAAGUUCACAGGAGCAGAAAACCACUAAUGUCAGGUAAGAGUCCUGUGUAGACUUG